AUGACAUCUAAAAGAGCCAAAGAGAGACGCUUCGUAGCGCCUCCGGAAGUGGGCAAUGUUACAGAGGCCGGAACCGAAGCUGAUAUCCUCGACGAUCGUAGGUGGAAGCGCAGGAGAAGAAAUGCCAAUGUCUACGACGCCGUAGCAGGCCGAGUCACCACGACUCUCCCUUUAGAUGAUGGAUCCGAGUCCGAGAUGCCCUCUCAUCAUCCUCGGACUUCGCGAGACCACCGUCGCGAUCCUACUCUCGCGCCGGAAGAAGUCCUAUUCCGCCGCAUCCGUGCACCUGUGCGAUAUGCCGAAAAGGACAUCUAUCACGCUCAUGAGGAAUUGCCGGACGGUGGUAGAGGCACGCUGCCCGAUAGUGAUAUGCUCAAGGCGGUUCAUAGCUACUCUAGCCACUUCUACGCGGCCCUUGCUGCGGCCCGAGGUGAAACUGAUGCCCGAAAUAUCGACGAGCAGAGCAUGGACGAGACAGCGCUCCUAGCUUUUGGCAUAUUACUCGAGGAGGCGAGUCGGAACACUCUCGGUAAGACAGGAGACCUAGUAUUCACUGAGGGUGUGGCAGUAAGGCAAGGCGAAGAACCGGGGGAUAAUGACGACGAUGAUGAUGAAACUGUGGGCUUCAAGGCGUCGAUAACGGGGCGAUGA